UAAUAUUAUUUCCUUAUUUUUCUGCACCAAAAAAAUUUGCUGGGUUUUGUUCACAUGGCUUUUUAGCAUCUUUUUUUCACCAUAUUUGUUGCCAAUUAAUGCUAAAUUAGAUGAAAGUUGAGACUUUACGUGUUUCACAGGCUAUAUCUUCCUGUAGUUUAUCUGUGUCUGCUUCAAGUUUCAAUUUUGUGCCCAUUUUUUAGUGUCCCCUACGGUCUGUGUUGUGCUAAAUGCAUGAUUGUGUCUGUUAGAGUGGUUUAAGGGAAUGUCCAACUGAAUUGGGCAGGUUUUGUUCAUUGUGUUAAGGUGUUCCCAACUGCUAGGUUUUUAUUUAAAGAGUUCCAAAGUUUCUGAAUUUUGUGAGUGUUUGAGACAAGGGUCUAUAAUCUUUUGCAUUUUGCUUGAAGCCAUGGCAUCAGUUAUAGGCUUUCCGGGUCCUCAUUUUUUCGUGUUGAAUUCGGAGAAUAAGCUUCGGACUUGUGUACUGCAGGUUAAGAGUUUAGGUGGUAAGGAUUCACCGGGGUUGUCAUCCGAAUCUGUUGUUUUGAAUUGUGCUUCCGUAAUCGAGGAGAGGGAGGAAAGGAGGUCUGUGAUUGAUAGAGGGAAUGAGAGUUUGAGGCUUAAGGUUAAGGAGGAGAAGAGGGUGGAGGAUGGUGGUGGUCUUGAAAGUUUGAAACCUUUGUACGAUGAUGGGUAUGGGACUGUCACUGUAAAAGAUUAUUUUCAUGCAAACAAGGAGAUGAUUAAGCCUGAUGGUGGACCUCCCCGGUGGUUUUCUCCCAUUGAGUGCGGGCGUCCACUGAAGGAUUCUCCGAUUCUUUUGUUUUUGCCUGGGCUGGAUGGUACUGGAUGGGGCCUCAUUUUGCACCAUAAAGCUCUUGGGAAGGCUUUUGAAGUUCGAUGCCUGCAUAUUCCUGUUAAUGAUCGGACACCAUUUGAAGGGCUGGUGAAAUUUGUCGAAGAAACUAUAAGGCUUGAGCAUGCUUCAUCUCCAAACAAGCCAAUUUACUUGGUAGGAGAUUCCUUUGGAGGAUGCCUGUCACUUGCCGUUGCUGCACGUAAUCCUACCAUUGAUUUAGUACUGACACUGGUCAAUCCAGCUACAUCGGUUGAAAGGUCUCCACUGCAACCUCUGUUCCCAAUCUUGGCUGCUAUGCCUGAUGAAUUACAUAUUGCUGUUCCCUAUCUACUUAGCUUUGUUAUGGGUGAUCCAACAAAAAUGGCGACGGUUAACAUAGAAAAUAGACUUCCUUCCAGUUUAAAGUUGACACAAAUGUCACGCAAUUUGACUGAUUUGCUACCAUAUCUCUCUUCUUUGGCUGAUAUUAUACCGAGGGACACUCUUCUUUGGAAGCUGAAGCUGCUCAAGUCAGCUGCUGCUUAUGCAAAUUCCCGUCUCCAUGCUGUUAAAGCUGAAGUGCUAGUGUUGGCUAGUGGCAAAGAUAACAUGGUUCCAAGUCGAGAUGAAGCAGAGCGACUGGCACGUUCAUUACAGAAUUGUACAGUACGACACUGCAAUGACAAUGGACAUACUCUAUUACUAGAAGAUGGCGUUAAUUUGAUGUCGGUUAUAAAAGGCACAUACAAAUACCGUCGUUCUAGGAAGCAUGAUUAUGUCUCAGAUUUUCUUCCUCCUAGUAUGUGGGAAUUCAAACAUACAUGUGAUGAACAAUUCGGGUUAUUACGCCCAUAUACUGCUUCCGUAAUGCUCUCAACAUUGGAAGAUGGGAAGAUAGUGAGAGGUCUUGCUGGAGUUCCAGAUGAAGGACCUGUCUUACUUGUUGGUAAUCACAACAUAUUGGGAUUGGAAGUUUAUCCUUUAGUUGAAGAAUUUUUAAGAGAGAAGAGCAUAAUCAUUCGUGGAGUAGCACAUCCAGCGUUGUUUUGGGGCAAGUACGGGAACUUGGCCCAAUUUGACUUUCUCAAACUAUUCGGCGCAGUACCUGUCGCAGCAAAAAACCUGUUCAAAUUGCUUGCAAUAAAAUCUCAUGUUCUGCUCUAUCCUGGUGGUGCACGUGAGUCUCUCCAUAACAAGGGUGAAGAAUACAAGUUAUUCUGGCCUGACCAACCCGAAUUUGUGAGAAUGGCUGCACACUUUGGGGCCACAAUUGUACCAUUUGCGGCUGUAGGAGAAGAUGACAUGCUAGAAUUGGUUCUUGACCACAAGGACCUAAUGAAUAUCCCAGUGGUGAGUAACUAUCUCAAAGACGCUAAUCUUGAAUCUAUAAAAAUAAGGGAUGAGUCGAGUGGGGAGGUUGCCAACGUACAACCCUUUUUUCCAGGGAUUCUACCGAAGAUACCAGGACGGUAUUACUGUUUGUUUGGGAAGCCCAUCGAAACAAAGGGAAAGAAAGAGAUCCUGAAAGACAAAGAAAACGCAAAGGAAUUGUACCUGCAGAUACAAUCAGACAUUGAAAACAGUUUAGCGUACUUAAUUAAAAAGCGGGAGGAGGAUCCUUACAGGAAUGUUUUCGACAGAACAAUAUAUCGGGCAAUGUAUCACCAUCUAGAGGAAGUUCCAACAUUUGAGCCUUGAAAAUUUGAUUUUGUUGGAUACGUUCUUCUUGUUUAUAGUGUAAAUAUUUUUCCGUGGAAGAUGUUUGUGUAAUAAAGAAAAGCAUCUUCUGUCUUUUUCCCUCUGCCGAAUCUUGUGUCGCAAGAAAACUUGAAAUUGGGGUCUGAAUCUCUGAGAAGAAACAAGAGGAAUUUUAUGAUUCUCAUUUUUCGUA